UGUGUGUGUUUCAAUUUAUUCAAGAUUGUUAAUUUAGUAUGGUCCAAUUAAUUUCUAUGAAAACCUCAUUAAAUUAAUCAUUGAUCCUGCUAUCAUUCCUUCAUUUAUUCUUCUUGUAGUUCAUUUAUCAUAAUCCAUGCUAAGAGAAUUUUUAUUUUUAUUUUUAUUUUUUCUUGAUUUUGUUAAAUAUGUUUUUUUUCUACAUGUAAUGAGUUUGUAGUGUAUUCAAGAAUAUAAUGUGAGAUAUCAUAGUCUCUUUUUUUUUUCUUAGUGAUCAAAGAAACAAUGAAUGGUUUAGUAAAAGAUGAAAUUCAGAGAAGAGUUGGGAAGAAACAAAAUGGAAGUUCUUGGAAAUGUGCAUAUGGUUAUUCUCAGCAUAGGCGAUGUAAAAGUGCUUCCGACAAAAUCACUGCUCCAUCAAAAGGCGGAGACAGGCAAUCCAUAAGGAAAGAAUUGAAUGAACCACCUGGAUUGCCACCUUCAACAAGGAGUUGUAAAGCAAGUCCAUUACAUGAAUUCUCCAAAACUAUUAGCAAAGAGGAAGUUCCAGAACACAGAGCCUCCUUGGAAAAAGAUAUCGAACAGUUACAAAUGCGUUUGCAACAAGAAAAAUCAAUGCGUAUGGUGCUUGAGAGGGCAAUGGGAAGAGCUUCUAGCACGUUGUCUCCUGGACAUAGGCAUUUUGCUGCUCAGACAAAAGAGUUGAUAGCUGAGAUUGAAUUACUUGAAGAAGAAGUUGCAAACCGCGAGCAGCAGGUCCUUUCUUUGUACAGGAGUGUUUUUGAAGAAUGCAUUAGCCGGCCUUCUUCUGAGCAAAGUUCGGUCAUGACUUCUCCAGCACAUAAUAAAGCUGAGUCAAGAAAACAUCCAAGUAUAAUAUCAAGUGCCUUUUGCUCAUCCAAAAAAUUCCCUUUGCGGACAUUCCAAGCUCUUGCUGCCAUAAAUGACUUGGGAAAAAGAAACUUGUUGCAGUCGAAAUCAACACAUGCUUCAUUUUAUAAUAGCAAAGCUAAUGUACACAUUCAGAAAAGUAGUUCAGAGCAUACUAAGGAGCAAGGGCAGGUAACAUCAAUGGAAAAAUCUCCUCUGGCACGAACUCUUAAAGAUCAUCUCUACCAGUGUCCUAGUAAGUUGUCUGAGGAAAUGGUAAGGUGCAUGGCUGCAAUAUACUGUUGGCUCCGGAUUACAGAAUCGACAAGUACUGAACAAAAGCGGUCACCUUUGUCAUCAAGGUCAUCUACUAAUGUCAUAAUUCCUCAGCAUGAUAUUAAAGAGGAGAGAGAUUGGUUUUGCAAAUCAACAAUUGAAAUAUCUUGGAUAGCGACAGACAAGAAUAAUGUCUCUCGUGCCUCUUAUGCCAUCAGUAACUACAGAGUUUUGGUGGAGCAAUUGGAAAGAGUGAAUCUCAGUCAGAUGGAAACCAAUAACAAAAUGGCAUUUUGGAUCAACUUGUACAAUUCCUUAGUUAUGCAUGCAUAUUUGGCAUAUGGAAUACCACAGAACUCUCUUAGAAGGUUGGCGUUGUUUCACAAGGCUGCUUACAAUGUUGGUGGCCAGGUCAUAAGUGCAAAUGCCAUUGAACAGUCAAUUUUUGGCUUGCGUACACCUCGGAUAGGACGGUGGUUGGAGGGCAUUCUGUCAACUGCAUUAUGGAAAAGAUCAGGAGAAGAAAGGCAACUCAUCAGUUCAAAAUUUGCCCUUCAAGACUUACAGCCCCUUGUUUGCUUUGCUCUUUGCACUGGCGCUGUUUCCGAUCCCAUGCUGAAAGUGUACACUGCCUCGAACAUUCAGGGGGAGCUAGAAGCAGCAAAGAAAGAGUUCCUACAGGCAAAUAUCAUAGUAAAGAAGUCGAAAAGAGUAUCUUUGCCUAAGGUUCUUGAAAGAUACGCGAAGGAAGCUAGUAUUCCAUCCGAUGAUCUUCUUGGUUGGGUCAUGGAAAACGUUGAAAAGAAGCUUCGUGAUUCCAUACAGAAAUGUAUUGACAGAAGAACCAAUAAAAAGGCGUCUCAGAUAAUCGAUUGGCUACCUUACUCUUCAAGAUUCCAAUAUGUAAUUUCGAAAGAUUUUACGGAGAAGCCAUGGUGGGGAUAGUAGUCCUGAAUGAUGUAGACCAACAAGAGAGAGUAAAGGGUGAGCUAGAAAGGCCUAACUAAUUUUCAAGGAAAUGGUUGUUCAUUCCUUCAGUUUGUAGGAUUCUGAUUUGAUCUGUUAUUAAGUGAAUGUACAUUGACUUCAAUU